AUGGCCCCCCAAUUGCACCAGCGACCCCCCUUCCGUGCCGAGCACUUGGGCUCGCUGCUCCGUCCUCAGGACCUUCUGGAGAAGAAGAUUGCCUCCGAGAAGGGCCAGAUCUCCGAGGCCGAGCUUGCUGCUGUGGAAGAUAAGGAGAUUAAGGACAUUCUCGCCACCCAGCUGAAGCUUGGUUACCGUGGUGCUUCCGACGGCGAGUACCGCCGCCACAUGUUCUGGGGUACUUUCUUCCCCGGUCUGGACGGCUUCGAGGAGGUCACCGAGUUCGAGACCGACAUCUUCCGUCCUUAUGCCCCAGACAUCGCCGCUUUCUUGGAGGCCGGCCACAAGCCCGGUGAGACGGUGCUGUGCACCGGUAAGAUCAAGCACGUUGGUAGCACCUAUGUCGACCAAUUCAAGUACCUGGCCGGCCUGGUGCCCAAGGACGAGGUCAAGAACCUGAAGAUCACCCUGGCUGCUCCCAACUGGUACCACCUGCGUUACCGUGAGGGCAAGGCUUACCCUAAGGAUGUUUAUGCCAACGAUGAGGAUUACUUUGGCGACAUUGCCAAGGCCUACCAGGCCGAGCUGAAGAUUCUGUAUGAUGCUGGCUGCCGCAACGUGCAGUUUGACGACCCCAACCUGGCUUACUUCUGCUCUGAGAAGUUCCUGAGCGGCUUCAAGGAGGACUCUCUCAACGUGUACACCGCCGACGACAUGUUCCAGAAGUACAUCAAGCAGUACAACGACUGCUUCAUCGGUCUGCCCGAGGACAUGCACGUUGGUGUUCACCUGUGCCGCGGCAACUUCGUCGGCAGCCGCCACUUCUCCGAGGGUGGAUACGACCGCAUCGCCAUCAAGCUGUUCCAAGAACUCAACGUGCACACCUACUACCUGGAGUACGACACCGAGCGCGCCGGUGGCUUCGAGCCCCUCAAGCACCUGCCCCGCCACAAGAACGUUAUUCUCGGCGUCGUGACUAGCAAGUUCGCCACCAUGGAGAACAAGGAGGAGAUGAAGAAGCGCGUUAUCGACGCCGCCAAGUUCAUUGCUGAGGGUAACAACAUUUCCCUCGAGGAGGCCCUUAACCAGGUCGGCGUUAGCCCGCAGUGUGGUUUCGCUUCUCACCGUGAGGGCAAUGCUAUUGAUUGGGAUGGCAUGAUCAACAAGCUUAAGCUUGUGCGUGAGAUUGCUGAUGAUAUCUGGCCUAACCAGCCUUGA